AUUAACUUCUAAUUUAAAAUUCAACAAUUCAACGAUAGUCGAAAGCCUCUCAAAAUUUACUCUCGGUCCAAGGUUCCAAGAAGAGAAGUCCCGGGAUCCCAACUCCAGCCACAAACUAUCUAUAACAUGAACAUAUACAAAUCCAAACGAGGUUGAUAAACUACUACAACAGCGGAUUCAUUUAUUCUUUUGUUUUGUUCUUAUUUAUUUUUUUGGUAAUUAUUAUGUGCAAUAAAUAAGCUUCAUCGAACAUCUAAAUAAAAUAUCCUCCAAAAACACGAUUAUGCAUAAAGUUCCCAAAAAACGUGUCGCGGAAAAUAAAAGCGCGUUUCCGAAUCCUACACUACACUCUACAAUACAACACAGCCGCAAAAGACCAUCCCUACAUCGAUGAUUCCGAUGCUGUCGAAACCUUUCUCACCCCCUCCAAGAGUCUUCUCCAACCUCCGAACCCAUUUCUUUAACUGCACAACAAUUCUCCGCAGCGCGAAACCGAUGGGGAGUGAAAAAUUAGGUCUGAUUCAGACGAGGAAGCAAGCAAUUUUUCGGCUCGCUAAUGUUUCCGGGUUUAAGACGGAAUUGUUAGAGAUUUCUUGCCAUAAUCCUGCAUUGCACAUUGUGUUUGUUCCUGGAAAUCCUGGAGUCGUUUCGUUCUACGCUGAUUUUUUGGAUUGGCUGUUUGAGUUUCUUGGAGGAACUGCAUCGAUCACAGCUGUUGGCCACAUAUCCCACUCGGGCAAGGAUUCGGAGUCCGGUAGAUUGUUCUCUUUGCAAGAACAAAUCGAUCAUAAGAUAAGCUUUGUCGAUAAUGAACUCAAAGACGUCGAUGUGCCCGUCGUAUUGAUCGGUCAUUCCAUCGGCGCACACAUUUGUCUUGAAAUGUUCCGAAGAUCUCAAGAGAAAGUUGCAUACUGCAUCUGUCUGUAUCCAUUUUUGGCUGUCGACCGGACCUCGUCGACUCAAUCGUUGAUAAGAAAAAUCGCAGCGUCCUCCGCUCUAUGCGCCGCGCUUAGCACGAUCGGAGCUUCGUUGAGAAUUCUCCCGACGUCGAUUUUGAAAUUCCUCGUGAAAAAUUCGAUCGGGAAAUCGUGGUCGUCUUCUGCUGUCGAAGUUCUAUGCAGCCAUGUUCUUCAGUAUCAUACGAUGCGGAAUAUGCUCUACAUGGCAAUGACCGAGUUCGAGAAGCUUCCGGAGAAUCCGGAUUGGGAUUUGAUCCGAUGGAAGAGGAAUCGAAUCGCGUUUUUGUUUGGCGCCGAUGAUCAUUGGGGUCCCUUGCAUUUGUAUGAAGAGAUGUGCCGGAAGGUUCCAGAUGCCUCUGCGGAGGUCGAGCGUGAGGGUCAUACGCAUGCUUUCUCUUGUUCUGAGGCCGGAUCGGUGUGGGUUGCGCGACAUGUCGCCGGAAUUAUCAAGAAAGACAAUGGGAGGAACUUGAGCUCGGAGUCGAAGCUAUAGCCGCUGUCCGAAAGUGUGCACUGAGCAGAUCUCCGGCCAAACCUAAUACCUGCAAACCAGACCGAUAGGAAAGUCAUACUAGCCGAACACUUUUGUUUUAUAGAAUUUGUAUUACUCCAUUAGUUAUGUAAAAAUAGUCUCUAUUGGUCUGUAGCAAAAAUUAAAAAAAAUUAAAAGAUAAUUAGAAGAUAUUUUUAUUUAGAGU